AUCUGUAUUUAAUCAGUGAUCAAAUUGGAUCAACCUAAGAAGGUCGGUGUCCAUCUGUCCAUUAUCAUCGAUCACACGAUCCACUAUAUCCAUAUAAGAGGAUUUAUUAUUCGCGAAAAUUUCUCUCUCAAUAUGAUGAGAUUCGAACGUGAUUUAUCUUUCUAGCUAAGAAACAAUGUUUUUUGCAGCACUCAAAGAAAAAUAGGAAUCUUUGUUAUGACAUUAAUUACGCUGCGAUAUUAUACUCCGAAAUAAUUUUCUAGUUAAAAACUUUUAGAAUAUUGAGAAAGCAGAUGAGAAGCUGCUGCUCUAUUAAACGGCAAAAUGCCGGUCGGCGUAUUUCCAGCUCUUAAAUUGGGCGUACUUUUUGUCAAACAAAUCAGUAAACCUUUAGCCAAAUUUCUUGUCACUCAAGCAAAGAAUUAUGCAAUAUUUAGGACUUACUUUAUCAUACCACCUGCUCAAUUUUAUCAUUGGGCAGAAGUAAAAACAAAGAUGUAUAUCAUGAAUCUCGGUAAACCUACAAAGGUGGCAAAACUAAACGAGACUAUGGCUAUUGAACUGGGUGCUAAUUUAAUGGGCGAAUUGAUUAUUUUCGGAGUAGCUGGUGGAUGCGUAAUAUUGGAGUAUAAUAGACAAGUUGCAAAAGAGGCAAAAAAAGAGGAGCUUCGUCAGAUGCAGAUACAGAAGUUUACAGAUGAUAUUCAGUCAUUGUACAAUACUACAUUGCAACAGGAAGCUCGAAUCCAUUAUUUACAAAGCGCGAUUGGUGAAUUAGCCAGGCAUACAAAGCAUAAGUUACCUGAAGCUGUAUUGCAGCAAAUAAGUAAUAAUGACAAUAGUUUAGAGGAAAAUAUGAAGAAGAGUAAUAAAAAUAAUAAAAAUAUAACAGAAGCUAGUGCAGAAAGCGAAAACAGAUCAUUGAUAGAGCGUGCUAUAAUCUAUUAUAAAGAAUUAAAAACGGAUAAAAUUAGUUAAGCAAUAUUUUAUAUUUCUCUUGAAAUACAUCACUUGAGAAGGUAAUCUAAAGUAUUGACUGCCGCUGGUAUUAAAAAAGAUGCAUUCAUAACAAAAUGUACAUAAUAACAAUUUUUUUUUGAGGUGUAUAUUGUAAUUUAUUCUCAAAUUACAAUUUAAUAGUACUAAUUCUGUGCAAAGAUUUUUAGCUAUUUAUGUUAUAUAAAAAUGCGUAUAAUAUAUAUAUAUAUAUAUAUCUGCCUAUGUAUCAAGAUAAUUUUAAAAC